UGCUGUCUAACACUGGAGAUCACUGAUAUAGAAACUCUGGCUCACAGUCACAUUGUUGUCUCUCUUGUCACUUUGGAUCUUUAACAGUGCACCAUGUGUAAAGGACUCGCAACACUUCCUGCAACAUGCUUGAAAAGCGCCAAAGACAUCAAGCACAAAAUAAGCUUCUUACUCCAGAAACCUGAAACCCAUGCAGCAGAUCAGAAGCAGAUGAAAGAGAAGACUGCUGCUGCUGCAAAGAGGGUGCCUACUGCAGCUGAGGUGGAUAAAUGGAAGGAGUCUUUCAGCCAUAUGAUGAGCAGUGAAACGGGUCGUAUGGUCUUCACCAGCUUCCUGAGGUCAGAGUUCAGCGAGGAGAACAUGGACUUCUGGCUCACCUGCGAAGACUACAAGACGACUGCACCUUCCAAGUUGGCGACCAGAGCCAAGCAGAUCUACCAGCAAUAUGUUGAGGCAGAUGCUCCUAAGGAGGUAAACUUAGAUGCAUCGACCAGAGAAGUAACGAGGCAGAACAUGGAGAAUGCCUGCCCGUCUUGUUUCGACAAGGCUCAGAAGAUGAUCUACACCUUGAUGGAGAAAGACUCGUACAGGCGCUUCCUCAACUCCAAACUGAUCCAGGAAAUGUGUCAGACACAGACCACCGCAGCUCAGGAGAAGAAGGAGAAGAAAAACUGUGACUGUGCCGGGAACAGACAGGCGUUAACUGGUGGCGCUUAAACAGCAAGCGGACAGGACAGAGUAGAAGAAGGUGCCAAAGACUAAAAAUGUAUGAUGGUAGACACUGGUAAAGAUCGGCUUGUUUUUGUGACCAGUGUUUAUAGAAUAGACAAACCAGUGGUUUAGAAGGUGACUUAAAGGUUAAUGUGACAUGUGGUCAGGACUUUAUUUCUUUUUUUUUCCACAUGCUGUUAAUUCCUGGAAGCUUUUAGUCAUUUAAGUGUUUUAAAGUGGUUACUCUGUGUCUACUUGUGCUUAUACCAGAUAAAGAUUUGAAUAUUUCCCAUUUCUGCAUUCACCACCAGCUGUCAUGUAUUUUUCCAAAUCACAAAGGUUGAUAUUAACUGAUUAAAUAUUUAAUAUUUCAAAAGUACAAUAUAAACACAGAGAAUGUUUAAGUGUUUGUCGUAUGAAGUUCAACUUUUGCUUCAGGUUUCACUGCACAACAUAACCUGCUGUCCAAGUCAUGGCCAGGUUAUAUUGAUACAAACUUACAACAGAAAACAAUCCAAACACUCAACAGACACACCUUCAAAACAGCCCUGGAGGAGUGGAGCAGUGGAACAGUGUGAAGGAUUAGUUGUAUUUGAGUAAUAACAAUAUAAAUGUGUUACAUCUUUAAAGUCAUGUAUCAAGUUCUUUAUAAGAAUGACCCAAUUUAACUGUAACUGAACAUUAGACAUUACAAAAACAUUUGUUGAGUGACAUUCAGUGAUAAGUGUUAUAAAAGUAAAGACCUAUCUCUUGGAACUAUAUUGUUCUAUAUUAGUACUGUCACCACUUCAGUAAUUUGUUGGCCUAAAACCUGCUGUAUAUCUCAAGGCUUAACCACAGUAACCACCAGCUGUGCUGUAUAGACAAGAUCUCUGCACUGUGCAAAUAUGUAUGCAAGUAUGCUUUAACAUGGUAUAGAUUUUCUGCCGCAUGUCGCCAAACAGUAGGAAAAAAAGGUCAAAUUGUGACUUGGUUUUGAAUUCCCUGUAAGUCAAGUGUUCUGUUCAGAUUUUUAUUACUGUCAUUUGUGCAGGGUAACUGAGAUUCACAUGUUGGUGACCAUGCGUACUAAAACAUUUAACAAAGUGUAUACGGUGAUGGAUAGAAAACAAGACGCUGUAUGUAGAUAUUUAUUUAAUGAUGUCAUUGUUCUAUUUAUACUGUGUCUGUGACGAUUCACAAAUAAAAUGACGUGUUGGAUAAUCAAAA